AGUUGAGUGGCCAUCAAUGCAUCUCCAACGAUUGGUUCACAAGCUAAGUAUGCACUUCAACCAUGAACUCUAGAGGGAAAAACCAAGCAAACCUUCAACAAUGGCAUUGGCAAUGGCUACCUUCUCUCUCAACUCCUUAACUCUCCCUUCUUCUCAAACCCUCAUGCUUUCCCAGUCUCCAUGUCUCAAGCCAAUCACAGUCACUGGUUUUCCUCCAACCUUUGUUUCUGCUCCUGGUCGCAGGAUUGUUGCUGUUGGUGAUCUUCAUGGUGACCUCUCUCAAACAAGGAGUGCUUUGGAAAUGGCUGGUGUUUUGAGCUCAAAUGGUGAAGGUUUAUGGAUUGGUGGUGACACUGUUUUGGUUCAACUUGGUGAUGUUCUUGAUAGAGGUGAAGAUGAAAUUGCAAUCUUGUCUUUGUUUCAAUCAUUAGAUGUCCAGGCAAAACAGAGAGGAGGUGCUGUUUUUCAGGUGAAUGGAAAUCAUGAAACUAUGAAUGUGGAAGGUGAUUUCAGAUAUGUUGAUCCAGGAGCAUUUGAUGAAUGCAUUGGUUUUUUGGAAUAUUUGGAUGAACUUGAUGGUAAUUGGCAAGAAGCUUUUGUAACUUGGAUCAAUGUGUAUGAAAGAUGGAAAGAGAAUCAUAGAAUGUCUCAUAGCCAAUGGAGCACUUGGAAUUUCAUGAAGAGACAGAAGGGAGUCUUUGCAAGAUCAUCACUUUUUAGUCCAGGUGGUCCACUUGCUUGCGAAUUGGCGCGCAAUGCUGUCGUUCUUAAAGUAGAUGAUUGGGUCUUUUGUCACGGUGGCCUUCUCCCUCAUCACAUUAAAUAUGGUAUAGAGAGAAUGAACAGAGAAGUAUCAAAUUGGAUGAGGGGGUUGAGCAAUGACGUUGAUGAAGGUCUGGAAAUCCCUUUCAUUGCUACCAGAGGCUACGACAGUGUUGUUUGGAACCGAUUAUAUUCAAGGGAUUUAUCAGACAUGAAGCACAAAACUUGGAAGGUUUCAUCGAUUGCAGAACAGACAUUACAAGCUAUAGGUGCCAAAGGAAUGGUUGUCGGUCAUACUCCACAGUUUGAUGGUGCAAAUUGUAAAUACAAUCGCAGAAUUUGGUGCAUUGAUGUUGGCAUGUCAAGUGGAGUUCUUAAUUCCCGACCAGAGGUUCUUGAAAUAGUCAAUAACAAAGCGAGAGUGAUAAAGGACCGAAACACCAAAAAAUUAACAGCAAGGUGAAAUUGAUGAUCAUCAAUUACCAGAAGUGAGUGGGAGACAUGCUAACAAAGAAGAGCUGAGUCUUGAGAGGAUCUACAUUGAAUUCAAGCCAAUCAGACCAUGUCUUCAAUGCAAGUUCAUAGGCUCUGAGUAUCUCAAUCUCUUUGUAUAUUCCAUCAUUGUCCUGAAAUGAACCCCACCUGUUCAUCAACACAAAAAUUACAUCAAAUACCCGACAUCGAUACGAAUUAUGUCAUAUAUAUAGAAGAUGAUUUCUUACA